AUGGAUGUGCGAGACUCAGCUGGCCCUGGAACUGGAAGAGGCCAUGCCAACCAAACUGGGAGCAGUGGGGGAUUCUGGGAAAACUCUGUGCAGAAGAUCCUGGGUGAGGAGGACACCCUCCGCUCAGAGGUGCAGAGCCAGCAGGUGAGGCAGUUCUGCUGCCAGGAGGCCAAAGGACCCCGAGAGGUUUGCAGCCGACUCUACCACCUUUGCCGUCAGUGGCUGAAGCCAGAAAGGCACACGAAAGCUGAGAUGCUGGACCUGGUGAUCUUGGAGCAGUUCCUGGCUGUCCUUCCACCAGAGAUGGAGAGCUGGGUGAGGGACUGUGGAGCGGAGACCAGUUCCCAGGCGGUGGCCCUGGCCGAAGGUUUCCUCCUGAGUCAGGCAGAGGAGAGGAAGCAGGUGAGAGAGACUUUCCUCUGGAUACUCCCAAGGCCUCCAAACAGGACAGAAAACAUCCCAUCAUGCUCUACUGAUGGCUCAUUUUUUUUUCUGGGAAGGCAUCCAUGGAAUGAGUUCUGACAUCCUUAAAGCUGUUGGCCCUGACAUUCAUUUUUUAUUUUUUAUUUUUUUAAUAUAUAUUUUUAUUAGUUUUCCAAUAUAAAACUAUACAAAACAAAACAUCCAAUUUAUCACCAACAUCUUUUUUUUUUUGACUUCCAUCAACAUGUCUGAUAAUUCUCCAUCUUGAUCACUUCUUGCACAUUUCUUAAUUUAAUAUUGCACUACAAUAAUAUCUUAAUUUACCUUAUUUUUUAAACAAUAUUUCUACCAUACAUUCUCACAGAGCUUCCUGAAAGCUUACAAAUGUUAUCUGGUCAUCACGUAUAGUUUUCAUACAAUCUGUAAAUUUAAUCCAGUCUUCAGUGAAUCUCUGGUCUCGUCGGUUCCGGAUCCUUCCUGUUAAUUUAUCAAGUUCUGCGUAUUCCAUUAAUUUCAUUCUCCAUUUUUCAACCAUAGGUAAUUCUUCUUGUUUCAAUUUUUGGGCCAUUAGUAUUCUUGCUGCCGUUACUGCGUAUAAAAAUAACUUCCAUUCUUUCUUAUUAAUUUCAUUUCCUAUUAUUUCUAAUAGAAAUGCUUCUGGUUUCUUAACAAAUGUAUACAGUGGUGCCUCGCAAGACGAAAAGAAUCCGUUCUGGGAGUCUCUUCGUCUAGCGGUUUUUUCGUCUUGCGAAGCAAGCCCAUUGACGGAUUAGCGGAUUAGCUCUAUUAGCGGCUUUUAGCGGCUUUUAGCGGCUUAUCAGCUUAUCGGAUAAGCAGAUAAGCGGCUUAGCGGCUUAGAAAAAGAGGGGGGAAAGGAAAAAAAACCCGCAGGAACUCGCAAGACAUUUUCGUCUUGCGAAGCAAGCCCAUAGCAGAUUCGUUUUGCGAAGCACCUCCAAAACGGAAAACUCUUUCGUCUAGCGAGUUUUCCGUCUUGCGAGGCAUUCGUCUUGCGGGGCACCACUGUAUUUCAACAUCUUUUUUAACUCAUUAUAUAUCCUUUCCCAAAAGCAUUUCACUUUUUUACACUCCCACCACAUAUGGUAAAAUGUUCCUUCUUUUUCUUUACACUUCCAACAUUUAUUACUUACUUUAUAAAUUUUUGCUGAUUUUACUGGUGUUACAUACCAUCUAUAUAUCAGUUUCAUCACAUUUUCCUUUAUUAUAGUACACACAGUAAAUUUCAGUCCUUCAUUCCACAAUUUAACCCAGCCUUUAAAUUGUAUAUUAUAUCCAAAAUCUUUGACCCAAUGGAUCAUAACCGAUUUAACCUCCUCGUCCUUUGUAUACCAUUCCAAUAAUAAUUUAUACAUUUUGGACAAAAUUUUUACGUCAUUAUUCAGUACUUCCAAUUGAUAUUUUGAUUCCUUGUCGGUAAAACCUCUUUCUAAUACAUCUUUUUUAAACAUUUCAUUAAUCUGAAAAUAAUCCAACCAAUCAUUUACAUUUUCUUUUACUUCAACAUAUGGUUUCAGUUUCCAUUUACUUCCUUCUUUCAUUAUUAAACUCCCGUAUGUUAUCCACCUCCCCCUCAUAUUGAUCUUCUUCACACUCAUCACCUCCAACGGAGACAACCAAUGUGGAAUUUUUGACUCCAGUAGGUUUUUAUACCUAUCCCAGACUUCUAUGAGAGAUCUUCGAAUGAUGUGGUUUUCGAAACCCUUGUGCACUCGUUUCUUGUCAUACCAUAGAUGUGCGUGCCGACCGAAUCUGUUAUCAAAUUCUUCCAAAUCUAACAAUUCUGUGUUCUCUAAUUUUAUCCAUUCUUUCAACCAACAGAGGCACGAUGCUUCAUAAUAUAAUUUCAAGUCUGGCAGGGCGAAGCCUCCUCUAUCUUUUGCAUCUGUCAGUAACUUAAAUUUUAUUCUCGGCUUCUUACCCUGCCAGAUAUACCUUGAAAUCAUUCUUUGCCACUCCUUAAAUAUUGCCGCCCCUUUGAUUAUUGGAAUAGUCUGAAACAGAAAUAACAUUUUUGGUAACACACUCAUCUUUAUCGUUGCAAUUCUUCUCCAAAAUGAUAACUUCAUUCUCCCCCACACCUCUAGAUCUUUCUUAAUUUUAUUCCAUAUUGGUAUGUAAUUAUUUUGAAACAGAUCAAUACUCCUAGGGGUUAACAAAAUCCCCAAAUAUUUAACUUUCUUAACCACCUCUAUCCCCAUUUGUUGCUGCAUUUUUUCAAUUAUUUCUUGAUCCAUAUUUUUCGCAAUUAUUUUUGUCUUUUUCUUAUUUAAUUUAAAACCCGCAACCUGACCAAACUGUUCUAUUUCUUCUAACACCUCUUUAACACUACUUAUGGGAUCUUCCACUGUUAUGACCAAGUCAUGGGCAAAGGCCUUUACUUUAUAUUCAUUUCGACCAACUGUCACUCCCUUUAUUAGCUCAUUACUUCUUACUGAUCUUAGAAAGAUCUCCAGAACCGAAAUGAAUAACAACGAUGAAAGAGGACACCCUUGUCUUGUGCCUUUAGUUAUUACAAUAUUUUCUGUUGUUACAUUAUCAACUAUUAAUUUCGCUCUUUGAUCAGUAUAUAUCGCCCUUAUACCAUUAAGGAAAGAUUGACCCAUAUCCAUAAAUUCUAAGUUUUUCAACAUAAAUUCCCAUGAAAUAUUGUCAAAGGCCUUCUCAGCAUCCACAAACAUUAACAUCGCUUGUUUAUCGUUCCUGGUAGUCGGAUAUUUCAUUAUAUUUAUUAUAUUUCUUAUGUUGUCUUUCAUCUGCCUACCAGGAAGAAAACCUGCUUGGUCCUUAUGUAUCAUUUCCUUUAAUCUCUUUUUCAUCCUAUUUGCUAAUAUACUUGCAAACAAUUUAUAAUUAUUAUUUAACAAUGAAAUUGGCCUAUAAUUUUUAACUUGAGUCAGGUCAGAAUCUUGUUUUGGAAUAAAAGUGAUAUAGGCUUUCCUCUAUUUCAAUUAGUUCAUUCAAUUGGUCUUUUUUGUCCGUCGGUAUUUUCUGCACCUUUUUUUCUUUUAGAAAUUCAUUUAUUCUCCACCGGAAAGAUUUUUCUUCAUAUCCUUUUAGUAUACAUUUUACUGCAUUAUGAUCCAAAAGAACCUUUGGCUAUAUUUCAAUCUUUAGAAUUCUUGAUGUUAAUUCAUUAGAAAUCCAUAUCUGAUCAAUUCUAGACAUCGAUUGAUUCGAUUCUGAAAGGAAAGUAAAUUGUUUUUCUAAUGGGUGUCUUAAUCUCCAAAUGUCAAUCAAAUUGCAGUUCUCAACCAUAGGGAAAAAAAGGUUUUGGUAGUUUUCCUUCUUUUGUCCUACCCACUGCUCUUAAUCUGUCCAUUUCCAUUGAAACUACUCCAUUCAUAUCACCCAUCAUUAUAAACUUUUGAUCCAAAUAUUCCAAUAACUUUACCAUUUGGUGCAUAUAUUCCGACAAUUAUCAAUUUUUUGCCCUGCCAUUUGACUUGUACCGCUAUAAUUCUGCCCUCUUCAUCCUUGAAGAUCUGUUGAGCCUCUAAUUUGUUUUACCACCCCUCUCUUCUUGCUUUUGUCAGAUGAAAUAAACUCACUUCCUAAUUUUUUAUUGAUUAAAAUUUUUCUAUGUCGUCUUGCCACAUGCGUCUCUUGCAGACAAAUAAUAUCCAAAUUCUUUUGCUUUAAAUAUUGUUCGAUUUUAUUUCAUUUUUUUAUCGUUCAUCCCAUUCACAUUCCAUGUCCAUAAUUUCAGCGCCAUGAUGUUUUUUCUUUUAAAGUCCAAUUAUAAUAAAUUCUUAAAUCUGUUUCUCUACUUCCUCCUCUUCUUCUUCCUCUUCUUCUUCCUCUUUAUCCUCUCUUUCCCUUCCUCUUUUAUCUUUUUUAUCUCUCCUUUCUUCUUCUUCCAACUCUGAAGAGUCUCCCCCGCAAACUCCUGCUUCCGCCGUUUCCGCUUCAUCUUCUUCUCUCCCCAGCUCUUUGUAUCUUCUUAGAAACCUGUAUGUUUCAUCUGGUUUUGUAAGCUUAUUUUUUUCCCCUUAUAAGAAAAUGAUAUCCCCUCUGGGAAUUCCCACUUAAAUUCAACUUGGUUUUUCCUCAGAGAUUGCACCAGGUGUUUAUACUGGUCUCUUUUUUUCAACAGACGAAGUGGAACGUCUUUAAAAAUCAUUAUAUAAUUUCCAUCAAUAUUCAGUCUUUUCUCUCUGUUUUUUUUUGUAAAAUUAAAUUCCUCAUUUCUCUGUCUUUAAAGAUAAUCAAACAAUCUCCUGGAAAUUUCUUUGCUCUUGUUGUCCUCAUCUUAAUUCGAAAAGCGUUUUGAAUUGUUUUAGCGACCUCUUCCACUUCCAUUUCUAACCAUUGGGCAAUCUCUGACCUCAGUUUUUCUUUGAUCAUUUCUCCCUGAACCUCGGGCACAGAUCUCAGUCUCAAAUUUGUCUCUCUUUGCCGUAGUUCAUUCAUUGCAAUUGCGUCCCAUAACUCCUCCUGCGCCUUAUUAACUUCUGACACCUCAGCCUUAAUCUUUUCCUCCUCUCUUUUAACCUCUCUCAUUUCUAAUUUUGUUCGUUUCAUUCCUUCUUCCAAACUUUGUGUUCUCUUGGACAUAUCUUUCAUUUGUCCUUUUAGUUCAUUAAAUGUUAAGUCUCUUUUUUUAACUGUGACAUCUAUUUUUUUGUCCAUCUGUUCUAAUUUUGUCUCUAAAUUUUUCUCACUUUUAAAUUUCUGAUUUAAUUUCUGCAAACAUCUUUACUAUUUCCCCUUUUAAUUCUGACUCUUGCCUUGAACUUUUUCUUUCCACCGGUGUCGCCCCUUCACUUUUUUUUUGAGUAUGAGACAUUCCUAAUAUUAAAUAUUAGCUUCUUGCUACUUGUAUGGCUAAUCCAAUCCACGCUCCAACAGCCAGGGAGUUAAAAUAUCCACUUAUUACAAUAGCCUUCUUGCCACUUGUUUGGCUAUUCCCAAUUUCCCGACAAAAAGUCCACACAAAAAAAAAUUAUAAAGAGAAAUCCCAAACUCCAAAAACAAGCCUCUAAGAGGAAACAAAAGACAAAAAGUUCUUAUUUAUAUCAGAAAGAAAUUCUCCCUUUCCGAGAAUUAAAAUGGCGCUGCUUAUUUUCCUGCGUCACAGAAAUUGAAGCAAAAAAGAAGGGGAGGGAAUACAGUCUCCAAGAAAAAGAGAAGCACUCUCAAAGUCCCAUAAGUCACAAAAAUAACAAAAAUGACGAAAGAGAACAGCCUCUGUCUUCUAAGAACUUUACCACUUAAUCCAUCCCUCCACCAUAAAAAAAUAGAAGGUACAUCAAAGGUCUUAGAGGCACUAAUUGUCUGUUACGCAGAUCUUUUGUAAUCGAAAGUAGAAAGUACAGAGGUCCAUUUCUGACGUUCCCAGAAAUUUCACAAAAAAGACUGUAAAAAAAAAGAGGCUUUUUUAAUUCCUCAUCCCUCUUAGCGUUAAUUAAAGGUCCAUAAAAAAGAUUUCUAAUCGCCAAAGUAAAAUCCGUUUGAAUUAACUUACAGUUUUGUCCUUUAUGUGAAUCCCUCCUGUGUAUACUUAGAAUUCCAGACGAGGCUGACCUCCUUUUUCCCACCUCGUCCUCAUCGAAUUGUCUCCAAUUGUUAUUUUGAUUUUUUAAUCCUUUUAAGUCCUUUUAAAUUCGACUUCUUGGUGUUUGAGAGACGAUCGCUUCUGCGCACAAGCUCAGGGCUUCGCUCCUGGAGGAUAGUAAUGGCUUCCCACUGCCUGCCUUUCUACCCCGCUGCUUUCGUCGCCUCCAAAGGAGGUUACCUGGCGGCCGGGGGAAUCGUAAAACGGCCGUGCCGGCAUCCUGCCCCCUGGAUCUCCUUCCAGGGGUGUUUUGGGGGGCUGCGGCGCCCUUCCAGCACCCCCCUUUUCCUCCCAAGAGCUGGAUUCCCUCUCCAGAGAGAAAUCCCGCUUGUCUUCGCUCCCGCGAUCAGCCGGAAUUCUCUCUGACAUUCAUUUUUGAAUCCUUCUCCCCAUUCUCUCUUUUGAAUCCUUGUUUCUUUUUCAGGGAAAGGAUCUCUUUGCAGAAAUGGACCAGAUUUCUUCUGAGGCAGAGAGGCCUCCGCUGGACACCAGAGAGAGGCAGCUGGGUAAGGAGGGAGGAUUUUUUUCUCUGUUUAGUCUCAUUCUGUUGGUUUUCCAACUCAUCAGAGGAGGGAAGAUAUAUUUUUUCACACAUAACAUCUCUAAUGCACCCAAAUAUCCAAAUGCACUAAGCAGGCGAGACUUUCUCAAAGGCCCCUCUGUAGUUUGAGAUGCACUGAUUUACCUGUGAGACAAGAAGGCACUCUGGGCCUCCCCCUUACCUUUUUCCUCUUGCAGGUGACACAGUGAUACUGGCUAGACCACUUCAACCAUCUCUGAAUGGGGACAGAAUGGAAGCAGCGGCUGUGGAACCAGAUCAGGUCAGGGGAAGCUGCCUUGCGGGGACAGAGGCCAAGGGGUGGAACAAUGUCCUAGCUCAAGGAGUGGUGGUGAACAACAGUGUUGUCUCAGAGGAGGACAUUUCCCUUUUUUUUAGGGUCCAGUGUGCUUUGAAGAUGUCGCUGUUCGUUUCACAGACGAGGAGUGGGAUUUGCUGGAUCCUGACCAGAGAGCUCUGCAUAAGGACGUCAUGGAGGAGAAUUGGGGGAUCGUGGCCUCUCUUGGUAAGGAAUCAUAAUAUCAGUUUUUAAAUUCAAAACUCCAUAUGUGACGAACCUCAUAUAUUUUCACAGACCUCAACAGCGCCCCCUACAACACUGGAUAUUACAAUAUCCCCCCCCCCAAAAAAAGUCUUGAAUAGUAAAUUGCUGUUUCUUCUGUGAAUGUUCUUCCUCCCGUUGCAGCUUAUUAAACAAGCAGCAGCCUGGUCUGAACUCCCCAGACCCUUUUGACUGUAAACUUCAGAGUUGUUAGGGAAGUUGACAUAGCUUGUGUCAGGUUUUCAGUUUUUGUUUUUCCUCCCGUCAGUCUUUGGUUGUCCAAAGAGAAGACUGACAUUGGAAAUGGAGGGAUGCCAUGAUGGAGCCAAAGAAAAUCGAUUCAAGAGAAGAGCCAGGCUUAUCGAAUCACAGGUUCCCCAAAGGAUGUCGGUUGAUCCCUGUUAAUUAAUGCACCCAACCCUUCAGAAAACCAUCCAUCUAUCCCACUUGUGUUAUGCCUCUAUUACCAGAGUUAACAAGUAUUCUUCCUUAAUUUCUCCCUGAGGUGCUAAUCCAUUUCUCUUCAUUGUAGAUAGAGAUGGACUGGAAAAUAACAACAUGGGUGACCAUGACAAAAUCCCCACAAUGGAGAAGCUGAAUAAAUAUCUUGAAUGUGGGAAAAGUUCCUUUUCCGCUUCCCAUCAAAGAAAUCCCAUUGGGAAGAAACCCUAUCAGUGCAUGGAAUGUGGAAAGAGAUUCAGUCAAAAGGUCAAUCUCACUUCCCAUCAAAGAAUUCAUACAGGGGAGAAACCCUAUCAGUGUGUGGAUUGUGGAAAGAGCUUCAGUCACAGCAGUAGUCUCACUCGCCAUCAGAGAAUUCAAACAGGGGAGAAACCCUAUCAGUGUGUGGAAUGUGGAAAGAGCUUCACUCACAGCGACAAUCUCACUUCCCAUCAAAGAAUUCAUACAGGGGAGAAACCCUAUCAGUGCGUGGAAUGUGGAAAGAGCUUCAGGAAUAGCUCAAAACUCACUUCCCAUCAAAGAAUUCAUACAGGGGAGAAGCCCUAUCAGUGUGGGGAAUGUGGAAAGAGCUUCAAUCACAGCCACAAUCUCACUUCCCAUCAAAGAAUUCAUACAGGGGAGAAACCCUAUCAGUGUGUGGAAUGUGGAAAGAGCUUCACUCAAAGCCACAAGCUCACUUCCCAUCAAAGAAUUCAUACAGGGGAGAAACCCUAUCAGUGUGGGGAAUGUGGAAAGAGCUUCAGUCACAGCCACAAUCUCACUUCCCAUCAAAGAAUUCAUACAGGGGAGAAACCCUAUCAGUGUGUGGAAUGUGGAAAGAGCUUUAGUCAGAGCUCCUCUCUCACUUCCCAUCAGAGAAUUCAUACAGGGAAGAAACCAUAUCAGUGUGUGGAAUGUGGAAAGAGUUUCACAGAUAGCUCCUCUCUCACUUCCCAUCAAAGAAUUCAUACAGGGGAGAAGCCAUAUCAGUGUGUGGAAUGUGGGAAGAGCUUCAGUCACAGCCACAGUCUAACUUUCCAUCAAAUAAUUCAUACAGGGGAGAAACCCUAUCAGUGUGUGGAAUGUGGAAAGAGCUUCAGUCACAGCAGCAGUCUCACUCGCCAUCAGAGAAUUCAUACAGUGGAGAAACCCUAUCAGUGUGUGGAAUGUGGAAAGAGCUUCAGUUUCAACCACCAUCUCACUUCCCAUCAGAGAAUUCAUACAGGGGAGAAACCCUAUCAGUGCGUGGAAUGUGGAAAGACCUUCAGUCAGAGCGCCAGUCUCACUUUCCAUCAAAGAAUUCAUACAGGGGAGAAACCCUAUCAGUGUGUGGAAUGUGGAAAAAGCUUCAGUCAGAGCAGCAGUCUCACUCGCCAUCAGAGAAUUCAUACAGGGGAGAAACCCUAUCCGUGUGUGGAAUGUGGAAAGAGCUUCAGGAGGAGCUGUGAUCUCAGUUCCCAUCAAAGAAAUCAUACAACGUCCCCAAAACCCGUCAUUAUACAGCUUUCAGCGCCAGGGAAAAACUCAUCUCUUUAA